AUGUCUGCUUCAUCCCUUAGGAAUAUUAUCGUGAUUGGGGGCUCCUUUGUAGGACGGGCAACUGUGCAAGAGCUCGUCAAGAUCAUUCCACCAACUCAUCGGAUCCUUUUGACGGAGACUCACAGCCACUUCCACCAUCUAUUCACAUUUCCUCGUUUUGCCAUCGUUCCUGGACAGGAACACAAAGCUUUCAUUCCUUACAGUGGCUUGUUUUCCGGCGCACCCGAUCCCGCUUCGCACGCCGUCAUCCAAGCUUGUGUCACCUCUAUUCAGCCGGGGCACGUCCAGCUCGACCGAGAAUGGCAAGGCUCUACGCAUGUACCCUUUGAUUACGUCGUCGUCGCAACCGGAACGAGAUUGUCAAAACCCGCUGCGAUGGAGCACGAUGACAAGCCCUCGUCGGUUGAAUAUUUGCAAUCCCACCAAGAUCAAAUCAGGCGAUCCAAGACCAUCUUAAUUGUUGGAGGUGGUGCAGUGGGGGUCCAAAUGGCCACGGAUUUGAAGGAGUACUUCCCAGACAAGGAGGUCACUGUCGUACAAUCACGGGCCCGAGUCAUGCCCAGUUUCCAUCCCCGACUCCAUGAAAUCAUUCAGGAGCGAUUUGAUCAACUCGGCAUUCGACUCAUCACAGAAUCACGGGUCAAAAUCCCCCCAGGAGGAUUUCCUAAUACUGGAACACCCUUUGAUGUGGACCUCACGAACGGCUCUAAGGUGUCUGCAGAGUUUGUCAUUCUAGCUACUGGGCAGACCCCCAACAAUCAACUAGUGGCAGACCUGAAACCGUCCACACCAGGGGCACCCUCAAUAGUCAACCCGGAUAACGGAUACAUCCGCGUUAGGCCAACAAUGCAGUUCCUCGAUGAGAAGUAUGGGAACAUGUUUGCUGUUGGGGACAUCGCCGAUACCGGAGCACAGAAAGCUGCGAGACCCGGAGCCGCGCAGGCUGCAGUCGUUGCGAAAAAUAUAGUGUCGUUGAUAGAGGGAGAAACCCCCCAAGAGAAGUUUGUGAAGGGACCCGGAGCAAUCCACAUCACUUUGGGAAUGAAAUACAAUAUGAUUUUCCGCAACCCGAAUCCUGCGGAAAAUCAAACCGAGCCGUGGAUUUUGGAAAAACACGACGGCCGGGAGGAUAUGAAUGUGGAAAGUAUGUGGGAACGUAUGGGAAUCUCGAUUGAAAAUCCGCGUCAGUACCAUCUUUAA